AGUAAAGAGAGGUUGUCAAUGAUUCACUUUUUGACAAGGGAGGCCCUUACAAUUGUCGCGCACAUGGAGAACAAGACGUUAAGGAGAAUAAUUGUAGAUCCGAUUUUAUUAUCGUUUCUCUCCCUUCGCAAAGUAGUGUUUUGUCAAAACCCCUUUUAUAUUAAAAAUAUGUCUGUUUGCAAAAAAAAAAAAAAUCUCAUAUAAAUACUGCUGCUGGUCUAUUCUCUUUCUUUCUUUCCUAACCCUUCUCUUUUAUUCUCACUCCUUCUUUUAUUUUAAUGGAUAUUCUCGAAUUGAUCCACAUUGAGACACAACAGAAUCAAUGUAAACCUCAUCAAUGUACUGUAGUCAAUUGUAAAAAGGCCUUUGGCAGACGUUCUGAUCUUGCUCGACAUUUACGCAUACACACCAACGAAAGACCAUACGUAUGUCAGGAAAAAACAUGUGGCAAAAGCUUUAUCCAACGCUCUGCACUAAAAGUUCAUCUACGCACUCAUUCGGGUGAACGGCCUCAUGUCUGUGAAUUCGGAGACUGCAAAAAGAAUUUCAGUGAUAGUUCAUCAUUAGCUCGUCACAGACGAAUCCAUACUGGGAAAAGACCAUACAAAUGUCGUCAUGAGGGCUGUAAUAAGAGUUUUGCGCGCAAAACCAUUUUGACCACACAUCAAAAGACUUCGCAUGGAACUACUACAAAGCGAACCAUGCUUCAAUGGAGACCAUGUAACGAGAUUCCCGAACUCUUGAAAAGAUCGCCUUUACCUUCUCCCAUUAUUCAAUGGAAACAUCAGUACCAAUACCGUGCUGAAGAAGAAGAAGACGACAGUACAGACGAUUCCUCUGCAUCGCCUCAACAAGACGAAUUAGCUUCGUUUUAUUAUUCUUCGCAAACCAAUGCCUUACCAAAAUUAUAUUCCAGUGAAAACACCUUUCAACAAAUUCCCUCGUACUUUUAUCGUUCCUUUUAAUCUUCAUUCUAUUCAUUUAUGCUUUCCUGUCCUUUAUACAACUAUGCCUUUUUAUGUUAUUUAUGUUUUAUAUGUGUAUAUAAUUUCAUUUGAAUAAAAUUUAUUCAACCUCAAUCUUUUUUAAUUAUAGGGGGGUAUCUAGCCAUUUUGAUACACAAGGGGUGAAAAAAGACUUAAUAAUUUUUAAUCAGUCCUCCUAAAGACUUUAUC